GUGCUGAAAGGUAGUAGCACUAGAAAGUGUUUCAUAAAUAAAAAAUAUAAGCGCUGAAAUUAAAAAAUCAAAAAACAAUAAACGUGAAUUUAAAGUGCUAAUUUUUUUUUUCUAAUUUUCGUUUUUUGUUUAUUUUUAAAGAAAAAAAGAAAAAAAAUUGUUUAAAAUGUUUCGCGUUUUAUUCUUAAUAGGCCUAUUGGCGUUUAGUGUGGCCCAAAUACCAACAUCAAGACAAUAUAGAACUGCCUUAACUGAUAUGACCAAUGGUGUUUCUGAUGCUCUCGAAAAAGAAUAUUUGAAAUAUGUUAAAUCUGGUGUAGAAAGUGAAACACUUAAGGCAAUAACUGGACUUUUGAUACAUUCAAAAGAUAUUUUAAGGAGAGAAGUUCAGGAUUUAUCAAUUAUUGAUCAGACAUUCAUCUGUACAGUAUGCAAAGCUGCAUUCAAUGUAUUACUCCCAAUGGCGAGAAAUCCACAAAGUCAAGAAGAUAUAGAUAACGAUUAUGAUCCAACACUUGAUAAAAUAGCAAAAGAUUUUUGCGUUCGUGUUAAUAUUGAACCAAAACAUGUCUGCGAUAAAGUGAUCGAUUUUAAUUUGCCUAUUAUAAUACAUAUUAUACGUCAAAGGCCGGAACUAACAGCUGAACAAAUUUGUGGUACAAUGUUGCAAGGUGCAGCUUGUGUAGCUCCUGGUGAUCAUUUCAAUUGGAAAUUAAAUAUUGCACCAAAAGCAAAAGUUUCUAAUGAUGUAGCUAUUAAACCAAAAUCUGAAAUUCCUGAGUACACUCAAAAUGAAAAAAUCAAAAUUUUACAUUUAACUGACGUUCAUUAUGAUCCAAAUUAUCGUCAAGGUGCAUUGGCUGUUUGUGAAGAGCCAAUGUGUUGUAUUGCAGAUCCAAGUGAUGUUAAUUCAACACCAAAAGAAAAUUUAGCUGGACGUUGGAGCGAUUAUCGUGAUUGUGAUGUGCCAUGGGAAAUGUAUGUUGAUUCCUUACAACAAAUUGCUGAUAGACACAAAGAUAUUGAUAUAAUUUAUUACACUGGAGAUAUUAUUCAUCAUGCUGUAUGGGCAACAUCCCAACCUAAUAACACACAAGAAAUGAAAGAUGUUUAUGGUAAAUUAAAAGAAGUUUUCGGUAAUAUUCCAGUUUUACCAGCUAUUGGAAAUCAUGAGUCACAACCUUUGAAUGUAUUUGCUCCACCAAAUGUUAAAGAACGUCAUAGUACACAGUGGUUAUAUGAUUAUUUAGCUGAUGAGUGGUCAACUUGGUUACCAGCUGAAGCUCAAGAAACAAUUAAAAUUGCUGGUUAUUAUACAUAUUCCCCACGACCAGGUUUCCGUGUUAUUACAUUAAAUAAUAAUGACGCUUAUACAUUUAAUUGGUGGAUUUGGUAUGAUCCAGAAUAUCUUAGUAAACAAUUAGAAUUUUUACAAAAGACAUUAUUACAAGCUGAAAAGGAUGGUGAAUAUGUUCAUAUAUUAGCACAUGUACCAGCCGGUACCGGUAGUACAUUAAAUGUAUGGGCUCGAGAAUUCCGUCGUGUUAUUGAACGUUUCAGUCCUAUUAUAAGUGGUGUAUUUAACGGACAUACACAUAAAGAUGAAUUUAGUGUUUUCUAUUCAAUGUCAGAUUCUAAAACACCAAUUGGGGUUCAAUGGAAUGGUGGCAGUUUAACACCAUUUAGUUUUGUUAAUCCAAAUUAUAGAAUUUAUGAAGCAGAAACAAAAACUUAUCAAAUCGUUGAACAUGAAACAUAUAUUUUCAAUUUAACUGAAGCAAAUGCAAAUCCUGAUAAGAGCCCUGUAUGGUACUUAGAAUAUGAUUUUAAAAAAGAUUUUGGAAUAGAAAAUUUAAGUCCAGCUUCAUUGGAUGCUCUUUUGGACAGAUUCACUCAAGAGCCAGACCUUUUGAAAAAAUAUUGGGAAUUCAAAUAUAAACUAGGAACUCCGACAUUAGAAAAAGGUUGUGAUGAAACAUGUUUAGCUAAAGAAUUAUGUGAAGCUGCAACCACACAAUCAAAUGAUUUAAAACGAUGCGAAGAACUACAAAAGAAAUUCUUUGAAACGGUUGGUCAUGAAGUUUAAAGUUUUUUUGUAGGACUUUUGGUUAUGAGAUUUUUAUAUUAUUUUUGUUUUAUGAAAAUAAAAUGUAAAAGACUGUUUAAUGUUAA